AUGUUCGAGGAGCAGCUGUCCUGCUGUGCUUUGUGUCAGGACGUCCUGAAGGAUCCGGUCUUCACCAGCUGUGGACACUGGUUCUGCAAACAGUGUGUCUGUUCAUACUGGGACCAGUGUGCUUCAUCAGGAGACUUCUUCUGUCCCCAGUGUGGAAAAAUCCCCACAACAGAAGCUAAAUGGCAGACAGCCAGUGAACCCAAAGUGCAAACAGAUGUUGGUCUGCAGGAGGUUUUAGAUGAACAUAAGAUCAGUCUGAGGAGGAGAUGCGAACGUGUGACUGAAGGAAGUUAUGAAACAGGAAGUAGAACCCUCCUCAGCAGGAGCUACACUGAGCUCUUCAUCACAGAGGGACAGAGUGAAGAGGUUCAUAACCAACAUGAGGUGAGGCAGCUGGAGACAGCUUCCAAGAUGGAGGCUCUUGAUGACACUCCAGUCCAACCAGAGACUCUUAGGAGGUCUGCUGGGUCGGACGGAGAACAGUCUAAAAAAUGUUCAAAUAGUCAUGAACAAUCUGAAUGA